AUGGACUCUCAGUGGCACCCCUACCAGGAUCCCUUGAUGGGGCGUCCUGCGCAAUUCAAUAACGUGCCCCCCAAAUACGGUCAGCCGCAGCAACCGUCCCAGCCGCCCGUGGGAUACACCUACGAGCCCUUCCAGACCCCCGCCAUGGCCUCCAAACCCCCUUCGCUCAGUUCCAGUUCCAAAACAAUGUCCAUGGCCUCGUCUCCAGCCGCGACCCCGCGUCACCGCGAUUAUGUGGCCGACACCGAUGCCACGAUGGAAGAUGCCGACCCCUACAAUCGGAGCAAGUAUCCGACGAGACCCCAUCAUCAGAGUCGCCCGUCGGCUCAGUAUCUCCCCACGGAGGAAUCGUCCGCCGCCCGUCGGUACUCCCCCAUGAACGCCUCGCAGAACGCAUAUGCGUUUCCCCCGGUGUCGAACCCGUCUCAACCGUCCCGCCGGUCGCCCACCAGGACGAAUUAUGCCUCCCCCCCGCUUGCCUAUCAGUCGCCGCCCUCGGGAUCCCGGGCCCCACGACUUCCUCCGUUGCAGCCGACAGAGAUGAGUCCCGAUCAAUUCUAUCCGCAGUCGGCCAGUUCGCAACUCAGUACGCCGUUUGGUCAUGAUGGGCGAUCGCCGCGCUCCGGAUCCAUCUCGAGCCCUCACCUACAACCCGGUCGAGGUCCGGUUCCGAAAUUCCAGAAGGUCAAAUCGGUUCAGGAACUCCAUCCGCGCGUGCAUGCGCAGCCGGCCUACCGGCGGGCGCACCCAGAAGGUGGUUUCAUCAGCCCGCUUCAAGCCUUGACCUCGUAUCUCCCGGCCACGUAUCGCAUCUGCAACCCCGGUUUCAACUACGAGUCGUCCCGCAACCCGAGACGUGUCCUCACCAAACCCAGCAAAGGGGUCAAGAAUGACGGUUAUGACAACGAGGAGAGUGACUACAUUCUGUACGUCAAUGAUAUCUUGGGGAGUGAAGAAGCGGGCCACAAAAAUCGAUAUCUCAUUCUGGAUGUGUUGGGCCAAGGGACGUUCGGUCAGGUCGUCAAAUGUCAAAACCUCAAGACCCAAGAGGUGGUCGCGGUUAAAGUGAUCAAAAACAAGACCGCCUAUUUCAACCAAAGCAUGAUGGAAGUGUCGGUUCUGGACCUGCUCAACAACAAGUUCGACAAGAACGACGACCAUCAUCUCCUUCGGCUGAAGGAUACCUUCAUCCACCGACAGCACCUCUGUCUGUGUUUUGAAUUGCUCAGCGUCAACCUCUACGAAUUGAUCAAGCAAAAUCAGUUCCGAGGGUUGAGCACCACGCUCGUGCGGGUGUUUGCCCAGCAACUCUUGAACGCCCUAAGUCUCCUGAACAAGGCGCAUCUGAUCCACUGUGAUCUCAAGCCCGAGAACAUCCUUUUGAAAAAUUUGGAGAGUCCCAUUAUCAAGGUCAUCGAUUUCGGAUCGGCCUGCGACGAAAGGCAGACCGUCUAUACGUAUAUACAGUCUCGGUUCUACCGCUCGCCGGAGGUCCUGCUUGGUCUCCCUUAUUCUUCCGCCAUCGACAUGUGGUCUCUCGGGUGCAUUGUGGUCGAGCUUUUCCUUGGGUUGCCGCUAUUCCCGGGAUCGUCGGAGUACAACCAAGUGUGUCGGAUCGUAGAGAUGAUGGGUCUCCCCCCGACGUGGAUGCUCGAGAUGGGCAAACAGUCCGGCGAAUUCUUCGAGAAAACCCAGGACGAGUUCGGUCGAAAGACGUAUCGCCUGAAGAGUCUGGAACAGUAUUCCCGGGAGCAUAACACGAAGGAGCAACCGAGCAAGAAGUAUUUCCAGGCGUCAACCCUGGAGGAGAUCAUUCGGAGCUACCCGAUGCCCAGGAAGAAUAUGAAACCGGCGGAGAUCGAGAGGGAGCUGAAUAACCGGGUGGCCUUCAUCGACUUCGUUCGUGGCUUGUUGACCAUCAAUCCUCUGGAGCGCUGGUCACCGCAGCAGGCCAAGCUGCAUCCGUUCAUCACGCAGCAAAAGUUCACAGGGCCCUUUGUGCCUCCGAUGAAUCUCAAGUACGCUUCGCUGCAGAAGACCAUCCCUCCUGGGAUCCAGCAGCAGCAGCAGGCAGAGGCCGCCAGCAAGCAGCGCGCGGCGCAGGCGGCCCAUGCCCACACCGCGGCGCAGACUGCUUACUCCAUGCAGAUGAACCAGUUCCACCCGCCCGCCCACGCCCAGCCGCCCCCCAUGUACAAUGGCAUGUUCACGGGCCACCAACAAGGGGCUCCUCCGCCGCCGUACCCCACCCAACCGCCCGGAUAUGGCCAUCAGAUGAACAUGAUGCCGGGGCAGGUGCCUCAGCCGCAGUACGCGCCCUCCUCGCAGAGCCUCUUCGCCCAAGCCACCACCCGGGCCGGUCGCCAACGGGCAUCGACCAUGGACCCCCAGAACGGGGGGAUCCCCCCGACCAUUCAACGCGUCGCCAGCCACCUGGACCCCAACGCUCCCAUCCGGUUACAACCGAGUCCCGCGUACUACCCACCGCCCCCUGAUGGGUAUGUGGACGGCAGCUCUGGAGGACAGCGGCGCCGAGGCAGCCGUGCGGGUGGCACGCGCAAUCGGGACUUCAUCCGAACCCUCGAAGACGGUGUUUUGGGAGGCGAAGGCUUUACGGGUCAGAACCAGUGGCAUUAA